CAUGGGGUUGUCGCCAUGAUACUUCUGACACAUCCGAACGUUUCUAAAUACAUGAUUUUGAUUCAUGAAACGAAGUUUUUCUUCUUUGUGUUUGUGUCAUUAUCAUCUGGUCAAUAAGAACUAAAGAAAAAAACUCAGAUCUGGGUCUGCACUCUCCAACCCCGACAUGGACUGCUCCGCCCAGCAAAGAAGGCACAACCCCGUGGACAGCAUCUGCCGCAAGUUGCAGACCAUCCAGCGGUACACCUCUGACUCGCCCUUCUACAUCCCCAAGCUGAGCUCCAGUAGCUACGACAGCCCCCAGGCAGGCCUCAAGCAAAACCUGGAGUCCUUCCUGAAGAAGCGCACCGUCCGUGGAGAAGAUGGCAUAGACCGGAGCAUGUUGACCCCCACCAGUUCCCCCAAGACCCCCCGGACGGCCCUCUGUCCGUCCACCCCCGCCAUCCCUUCCACACCGGCUUCCACCAUCCCCAUCCCGACAAACGCCACCUUCACCAUCACCAGCACCCUAGGGGAGAGGCGGGGGCAGGGCAAGGACCAGUUUAGGGGGUGGCAGAGGACAUGCUCCACCCCGGCUACCCAGAGUGGCGAGUCCUACUUCAGUUUCUCCCAAGGAGGCCAGUUCACCCAGCCUGAGGGGAUGGACAGAGAGAGAGAGGGGCACAGGAACUCCCCGCUCUCUCUCACACACUCCCAGGCGCACAGCACGCUGUCCUACAACCUGAACUUCUGCUCUGGAGAGUCGGCCAGCCCCCUGGAGUGUGAGCUGCCCUACCCAGCCCUGGUGGUCAAGAGGCUCUCCAUGGGAGGAGAUGGAAGUCUCUUCUCUUCUGAGGCCAGGAAGGAGGCGAUGGCUGAGGUCAGUCUCAUCUGUGAAGAGGACCUGCUGGAUACCAUCUUCCACGCCUGUGAUACCCAGCGUCGAGGGAAGGUGUAUGUGUCCCGUAUCGUGGACUACCUGCGGCACACCACCAGCCGGGGCUCAGAGGACAGCGGCCUGGACGACCUGUGCAACAUGCUGGACCCCGAGCACAAAAACGUGUCCAUCGACCUGGACACCUACCACGCCGUCAUGAAGGAGUGGAUAGAUGACUGCCGCAACAGCGGGGACGAGUCAGGCGAGGAGCUCACUCAGGACUCAGUCAGACUCAGGGAAAGUCUAGCAGCUAAGAGGUCUGUGCUGCUAAACAUGACCUCUGGAAGUCUGGAGGCGUUUGGAGGCGAGGCGUCACGGGGAGACCUGGAGACGUCAGACCUGGUGUACUGUGUGGCAGACCUCCAGUUCAGCAACCAGAAGCUGCAGCAGGAUGUCCGCAAGCUGAAGCAAGCCAUGGAGGCCAUGGAGGACACCAACCUGAGACUGGCCGAGGAGAACGAGCAGCUCCGCAGCCAGGCCAAGAUGGGUCACCAGCUGGCUCAGAAGGAGAAGCUGCUGAAGGAGGAGGUGGAGGAGAUGAAGAUGACCCUGAGCUGUACGGAGGAGGGCCGCGCCCGCGCCUCGGCACACAGCAAACACAUGGAACGAGAGAACCAGUCCCUCAUCGCCAAGAUCGCCUCUCUGCAGGAGGAGAACAUCAAGGUCACCAUGGAGAUGGAUGACCUUCAGAAGAGGAUGAUGGAGCUGUGUGACCUUAACGCAGAGCUACAGGUUCAGAUCCACUCCUACGAUGGCGUUGUGAACGAGAAGGAUUCUCUUCUACUUGAGAGGAGUAGUCAAAUAAAGGAGCUGAGGGCUGCUUUGGAGGAGUACUCUUCAGUCACAGAGCUUCUGCGUGCAGACAAGAGCAAGCUGGCGAGCCACAUGCACCUGAUGCAGCCCGACAUGUCAUCUCCGGUGGGGCUGUCCCUCUCAGUGGCCUACAGGUUGAACCAGAUGACCUCAGGCUCUCUCCAGACAGAACUGGCCUUGGCCCAGAAUCCUAUUGAGAGGGCAGAGCGUCUGUCAUCCAACCUGAGUUUCGUGUCUCCAAUGGACGAGACCCUGGACAAGGAAGUGCUGCUUCUCUUUCAGGGCCCCUCUCCUGAGCACAUGUCCCAGGAGUUCAAGGACAUCAUCACCAAACUGAAAAGAGAAUUUGAUGAGGAGGGUGUCUCAGUCCUGGUGACACUCAGGGGUCUCCUGGACCAGCAUGGAGGGACAGAGGCCGUCUGUGACCCGCGCCUACAGACGGUGCAGUGUGAGCUGGAUGCGAGGAGGACAGAGUGGGCCCUGAGCCUGGAGCAACUGGACCAGUACACCGACUCCCUGGAGAAGGAGCUGAUCAAGAUGGCCAGCAACAUGAGGCGCUCACGCACAGAGAUCCUGCACCUUUCUGUCCGCGUUCAGGAGCAGGAGAACCAGAAGCAGCAGCUGAAGGAGGAGCUGGAGCAGCUGAAGACCCCUCAGGACAGCCGGGAGGCCAGCUGCCAGACCCCCGUCGACGGAGAAGAGCUGGGGGAGGAUCUGGACUGGGACGAGGAGUUUGCCCUCCAGGACUUCCUGAGGGCCGAGGUGGACGAGCGUUACCGGGACUACCGGCCCGAGGGCCCCGGGGGGACGAGGCCACAAGGGGACCUGCUGGCGGACCAACCAGGGGAGGAGGGGGAGGAGCGUUGGACGGUGGUAGGAGGGGAGGGAUCAGAGGUCCAGGAGGAGCCCAGGGGGCUCUCACCCCCACCGAGAGGCACUCCGCCUGGGCAGAGCACAGAGGGAGAGGAGGCUGAAACAGCAGCAUUACCGGAGCCUGAUCUGAAGAACAACAGUGAAUCUCUACAGGUAGAUGGCACAGCUUACGAGUCUGUCUCCCAGCCUCCAGGCGCCAGCGAGGACGGAAGAGGGAGGGAGAGGGAGGAGGGGGAGGACACGACGGCAGGCAGCAUGAGCAACAUCAAGAGGCUGAGCCAGGACCAGCUGCUAGAGAGAGUCGUUGCGGAGGACAGCACUAGCCUGCUCCCUGUACUAGAAGAGGAGGAGGAGGGUAUGCAUGAGUCCGCUCAGGUGCCAGCAGUGAACGUAGACAUGGCAGGAACAGACAGGCUGACGGGAGAAGGGGCUGCUUCGCUCUCUGACGAAAACUCCCCCCAGACUGUCGUUGGACAGACCAUCUCAGACACCAACCAAUCUGAGGGCAGAGCUGAAGGCAUAGCCUCUGACCCCAGCCAAUCGGAGGACUCUCCUGCUCUGCAGGAACCCCAGGGAGCCAAAAAGUUAAAAAAGGAACUGCCUUGCUAUACUCUCACGUAUCUAGAAUGUUCAAAUGCUGGAAUAAGGAUAAACGAUAGGAUCCGGAAGAUGGCAAGCGUGUUUGCGAGUGACGCUGAGGACGGCGUGGACCAGGAGGGCGGAGAGAGGCGGGGGAAGCCCGAGAGUCUGGUGUCCUCCGGUGGAGGCGACCCCGAGGUGUGUGAGUCCCUCCGUGGUUCUGUGAGGGUCGCGGAGAGCCUAACCCUCGUCCUGGCCCUGCAGGAGCUGUCCCGCAGCAUGGUGGUGAUCGAGGGACACAAGCCUCCCGAGGACCUGAGUGAAGCCAGCGGCACCACGGAGAAGGACGCCGAGACCUCUGUGAUUUCUGAGGACAACAGUGAGUCCAUGAGAGAGGAGAGGAACAGUCUGUCUCAAAAUGAGAAGGAGAUUGAGACUGAGUUCCAGCGUUUGUCUCUGGGCUUCAAGUGUGACGUGUUCACCCUGGAGAAGAGGCUCCGUCUGGAGGAGCGAUCACGUGACCUGGCCGAGGACAACGUCCGCAGGGAGGUGUCCAGCUGCCAGGGCCUGUUACAGGCCCUCAUCCCUCUCUGUGAGGAUGACAACCAGUCUAUGGAGAUCAUCCAGAGGCUGCAGAAGAACCUGGACAUCCUCAUCCAGUCCAUGACCAGGGUGUCCAGUCGCUCGGAGAUGCUUGGAUCCAUACACCAGGAGAGUCGUAUAGGGAAGGCUGUGGAGGUGAUGAUCCAGCACGUGGAGAACCUGAGGAGGAUGUACACUAAAGAACACACUGAGCUGCUGGAGCUCCGAGAGACCAUGAUGCAGAACGAGAGGUCAUUUGGAUCCCACUCCGACAGAGAUGACUUCCGAGGCAAGAAGCAGACAGGAUCCCAGUUCUACAAGUCCUCGUCUCGAAGAGUUAGCAUAGCGGCUAUCCCCCGCUCCAGUGGAGCACACUAUGACAUGCCCAAAGCACUAGACAUCUCCGAGACGGAUGCAGAGAGAUUAACCAGGAGAUCCCCCUGGAAUGUGACAGGAAAGGGUGCAGCACGGCCCCCUCUAAAGCGUUUUGUCAGCUCAGGGGCCUGGGCCGAGGUUGAUGAGCCCACGCUCAUGAUGAAGGGGUCGCCCUUUGACACGGACUCUCCUUCUGAGGAGGAGCACAGGGGGAGCUCUGAGAGGAAGUCCAGUCUCACUGAACUGGGCAACAAACUCACCUCCUUGAUAAUGCCCAAGUUCAAGACCCCCAAUCCAGCCUCCACCCCCAACAUGACUGAGCAGGCAGCGUCCUCCCCAUUCCUGGGCCCCACCUCCAGGCCGGCGGUGGCCAGGACCAGCCGGGGCGUGUGGCUGUGGCUGGCCCUGGUGGUGGUCCUAGCCGCCCUGCUGGCUCUGCUGGCCAGCCUGGUGAUGCAGCCGGCCGUGGACGCAGCUCCCGUGGGGACAGGGGACUCCUGGAUGACCAUCCAGCAGCUCCUGUGGCCCUACACUGGGCUCAGGCACAACGGACAGCCCCCGGUGUAGCCCUGGGGGCCCGGAGGUCACACCUGCCGUCACUCUGGGAGGCGACAGAACGACGGAGUGACUACCUGACCUCGGGGGACGACGCUAAGAAGGCCUCGUGAUCACGUUUGUUAGACUAGUCAGUGUGUGAAGACCAAGCCAACCACUUAGUGUGUUUACCGGGCCAUCGAGAUUCUGACCACAGCCCAUUGUUCUUUAUGGUGCUUCAGGGGACACUAUGGGACACAAUUAAACACCAAUGGGGAUGCCCAUUGGCCAAUUUGCAUAUGUCACGUCAAGGGCUUCAGCAUUGAACUGACCAAUCAGGUUAUGGACCCUCAAGCACAUGCUUUUCACUCUUUGGAGGACCAGCCUGGAAGACAGGAUUCUGCCAUUUUAGCUUUUUAAACACAUUUCAGCUUUACUGAGACUAAUGUGGCACUUGGGAUUGCAAGAAUGGGCAGCCCAUCAGAAAGGUUUUAAAUAAAUACAUUCAGUAGUAACAAUCACUUUUUUAUGACUUUAAUAAACUGGCUUGGUAAUCAAACUGCAAUUUUAAAAGUUCUUGGGAGGUUAUAAACGUUAAUUUAUCAUUUUAGUGUUUAACUGCAUUAGAUUAUGUGAAUACCUAAAAAUUUUGUUAUAAUCAAUGUUUGUUUCAUUCUCACAUUUUUAUUUGACUUGCUAUGUUGUGUUCAUCACUUAUAAUAUUCAUACACUUUUGUAUGUUACAAAGAGGGUGACUGAAUCUUUGCACAAAUAAAGUAACAGAUUCCAUG